UCAAGACAUGUACGUGAACAUGUGACUCAAUAUUUCAAGUAGUUUUUUUGCAAUCGCACCGUCAAUGUUGUGAUAUCCCGAAUAAGAUAUAUUAGAUGAAGGCUACAUGAAGUAGCGCAUUAUUGUAGCUUCUGGAAUUGCACAUUAGUGCUUUGAAUCUAAAAUUGCAAUCAAUAAAUUGUUCGAAAAACACAUCAAGAUGUCCGCUUCAACAAAGAUUAUGCUACAGAACAUCCAAAUACGCGAUGGCGAAUAUACUAAUACUAUUUACACAAUGAUAAAGGAGCAGAAAUACAGCGAAUGUGUUCAGGUCCUGAACCACAUUCUCGAAUCUUACCCGACGUCACGGGCGGCGCUGUCGCUGCUGGCGUACUCCUACUUCUACAUGCAGGACUUCGCUAACGCUGCCGACUGCUUCGAGCAGCUCACCCUCCUCUACCCCGACGUCGAGGACUACAACCUCUACUACGCCCAGUCGCUCUACCAGGCCUGUCUGUACGAAGAGGCGAUGAAAGUGACAUGCCAGAUCGAGGGCGAGAAGUACGCGGGCAGCAUCGUGAAGCUGCAAGCCGCCAUCAAGUACGGCGAGGAGGACCUGCCAGGGGCCAAGAGCCUCGUCGACCAGAGUCCUGACGACGACCCAGAUGCUGAGGUCAACAGAGCCUGUCUGUUGUACAAGGAAGGUCGCUUCGAUGAAGCCUGUCAGAAGUUCAGCGCUGCACUCCAGGUCGUCACUGGGCACCCACAUCUCUCGUACAACGUUGCCUUGUGCCACUACCGCCUCAAGCAGUUCGCUCAGGCACUCAAAUACAUCGCGGACAUCAUUGAGAAGGGCAUCCGCGACCACCCUGAACUGGGGGUAGGCAUGACCACGGAAGGGAUCGAGGUUCGGAGUGUGGGCAACACGCUGACGUUGCACGAGACCGCGCUCAUCGAGGCCUUCAACCUCAAGGCUGCCAUCGAAUAUCAGCUCAAAAACAUGGAUGCCGCCCGUGAGGCCCUCACUGAUAUGCCCCCGCGUUCCGAAGAAGAACUCGACGCCGUGACUCUGCACAAUCAGGCAUUAAUGAACAUGGAUGCUAAACCAACUGAGGGUUUCGAGAAGCUGCAAUUCCUGCUGGGCCAGAAUCCCUUUCCUCCUGAGACGUUUGGUAACCUGCUGCUGUUGUACUGCAAGUACGAGUACUACCACCUCGCUGCUGAUGUGCUCGCUGAGAACGCACAUCUCACUUACAAAUACUUGACACCCUAUUUGUUCGAUUUCCUGGACGCGCUGAUAACGCAACAAACGUCGCCGCCGGAAGCCUACCGUAAGUUCGACGAGCUCGGGUCCCGGCACAUCGAACUGCUGAGGAAGCUCACGAAAACUGUACAGGAGGCGCGCCAGAACCACGACGACGAGCAGGUCAAGAACGCAGUCAACGAAUACGAGGAGGUGCUGGACAGGUAUAUCCCGGUGCUGAUGGCUCAGGCGAGGCUCUACUGGGAGCUGGAGAACUACCCUCAGGUUGAGAAAAUUUUUCGCAAGAGCGUGGAGUUCUGCAACGAGAGCGACGUGUGGAAGCUGAACGUGGCACACGUGCUCUUCAUGCAGGAGACCAAGUUCAAGGAGGCCACGGGCUUCUAUGAACCCAUCGUCAAGAAGCAUUAUGAUAACAUCUUGAGUGUGAGCGCCAUCGUGCUGGCCAAUUUGUGCGUGUCGUACAUCAUGACGAGUCAGAACGAGGAGGCCGAGGAACUCAUGCGCAAAAUCGAGAAAGAAGAAGAGCAGCUCGCGUAUGAAGAUCAGGACAAGAAAAUUUACCAUCUGUGCAUCGUCAACCUCGUGAUCGGGACAUUGUAUUGCGCGAAAGGCAACUAUGAAUUUGGCAUAUCCAGGGUUAUCAAAAGCCUAGAACCGUACAAUAAGAAGCUUGGUCCUGAUACAUGGUACUACGCUAAGCGCUGCUUCUUAUCGCUCAUCGAGAAUUUGUGCAAGCAAAUGAUCACCGUCAAGGAUUCAGUUCUGCAGGAUUGUAAGCAGUUCCUCGAACACUGUGAAGCGUACGGCCGUGACGUGAAGACUCAGAUCGAGCAGCCCCUGGAGGAGACGUCUCCGCAUCCUGGACGCAACACUGUCACCUACGAGGCACGCAUGCUGAAGGCACUUCUCUUGCAGCUUGAUAGAAUUUAAUUCAGGCAAUUAAACCGUUAUUUAUUAUUUAUAUCCAAUAUAAGGCCUUGAGUCGAAUGCGUUAAUUGGGGUAACACUACCUUAAAAGCUAAGAUAUGUACAUGAAAAUUAGUUUAACAUAUAUUAGAGGAAUUUGUUAAUAAUAUUUUGCAUAAUCGAGAUUUUUAAUCGCCUUGAGGGCUUCAAAGACAAAAUCAAUGCACCAUAAAGUUAGCAUGAAUUAAAAUGGAUAAAUGAGGCGUCCUGCUUGAAAGGGAAAGUACGCUUAAGUGCAUACUUGUUCAAUUUAGAAAUUUCCCACUAAUAUUUCCGUACAAUUGAGCAUUUCUUGCGUCCGCAUUGCAUAGUUCAGUAUCCCUACUUUUUGUGUGAUUUUGCCAGCGACGAUUUGUUUCGUUAGUUUAUUUCGCAUAACUUCAUAUCUGGACUACUGUAAUAAAACAAUUAGUGGGAUAUAUUCA